ACUACCACCAUCUCCUUCGAAGCUACCUAUUAUCGGAAAUAUGCAUCAUUUGAUCGGUUCCCAACCCCAUCAGGCUUUGAUAAAAUUAGCUCAGAAACAUGGAGCUCUAAUGCACCUUCAACUUGGUGAAAUCUCAUCAAUCGUUGUAUCACCGUCGCAUUUGGCUAAAGAAAUUAUGAAGACUCAUGAUCUUUCCUUCACGAACCGGUUAGAGAUUCUACUCAGCAAAAUCAUAACGUAUAACAGCUCAGACAUUGCCUUCUGCCCUUAUGGUGACUACCUGAGGCAGGUGCGAAAGGAUGUGUUUUCUGUUAGAACUGAAACUUCUUCCACAACGGUAGAAUGGGCUAUGUCCGAGAUGAUUAAAAAUCCAAUGUGAUAGCCAAAGCGCAAUCUGAAAUAAGGACAGCCUUCAAGGGAAAGUAAAUGUUUGAAGCAGAUGAUGUUCAAGAAUUGAAGUACCUAAAGUUAGUGAUCAGAGAAACACUAAGGUUACACCCUCCUCUCCCUUUGCUAAUCCCUAGAGAAUGCAGGGAGGAAUGUGAGAUUGAUGGAUAUGUCAUCCCUGUGCAAACAAGAGUCUUGGCAGUGGAAAGCGACCCGCAGUAUUGGGAUGAUCCAGAGAGUUUUAAACCAGAGAGAUUUGAAAAUAAUCCAGUUGAUUUUGCAGGAACUCAUUUUGAAUAUUUACCAUUUGGUGCAGGAAGAAGGAUGUGCCUUGGAA